AUGUAUCACUACGCACAGCUCCCUUCGGAACGAUUCAUUCGACUUGUCAACAUUGUGCGGGACGCCUCCUCACAGCAUGGGUUCUCGCUACGUCUUACAACUCACUCGUUGAGUGACUUACCGCCUUUCUGGGCUUUGUCGUACACAUGGGGCUCACCAGACUUCCUGGAAGACGGCAGCGAAGAUACGGACCAUGAGGAGCGUUGUUUUCAAAUCGAAUGCGACGGCCACGACUUGCACGUCGGUGAGACUCUCUUCGACUUUCUACGGCACACAAACCAGGAGAUGGUUGCCAGGUCUGAACUAUUACACGCCCAUUCCCAAGCCGCAACCCUCGCCCGCCGCCUGGCGGUUCCCGAGAGAAAAUUCAACUUUUGGAUCGACGCCAUCUGCAUCGAUCAAACAAAUCACGAUGAAAGAUCGAACCAAGUACGCCUCAUGGGGGAAAUCUACCAGUCUGCACACCGCGUAAUCGCAUGGCUCGGUAGCAAACAACCAAACGACAACGUUCAGUGGGUCAUUAGAAAAUUCGCGCCUUGGAUGUUGCAUCUCUCGCGAUCUCCGACCCGGAGCCAAGUCAUCAAACUGCUCCGAGAAGUCGGACACGAAAUGAGACGCCCGGAUGCCGAGGAAUUGGUAGGCGCGGAGACCUGCGAAAGGUGGCGCAGGUCGUACACAGACUUCUUUGCCUUUUUUGCGAGGAAGAGAUGGCUCACUCGCGGCUGGGUAGUACAAGAGGCAGCCAUUCCAGGCCGGCACGCGGUUAUCAUCCAAUGCGGCAGUAGUCAGUUCUCGUGGACCACUAUCAAUGCGUUUGCUACAUUUAUCCUCGACGUUGGAUGGGAAGAUACGUUGAACGAGCGUUUGAACGAAGACCUGCCUGCAUGGAGGCGACGGCCUGGUACCAUCGAACGCCUGUGGAACCCAGUCUCGUCAUCCUUACCGGACUUUCGAUCCGAGGUCGUCAACAAGUCUAUGGUUGACUGGCAAAACAGGCGCUGGGGCGCGGUCACCGACGAACAUGUUCGCCAUGCGGAGGUCCUUCACAACUUCCAUAGGCUACGUUUCUACGAGUUUCAAAAUCCGGUUGACCAUAUCUAUGGCACUUUAGGACUGAUGCCUCUGAUACUUGGUCCGAAGUACCCGCUUGGGAUAAGGCCUAGCUACGAGGUCCCAGUUGACCAGGCCUUCAUCGAUGUCGCAUCCUGGCUUAUACCACAUCUGCCUAACUUGGAUGUUCUGGGCCUGGCUGGCGUUGCGGAUGGUAGACGUCAAGGUCUGCCUUCCUGGGUGCCGGACUUUUCCUUCCACGGCCCGGAGCAAUACACCUCGCUUCAAAGACUGCGCCAGAGACGGAUGAAGCAUGCUCGAUGGUAUGGUCCUCUCGACGCAACACGUACUUCGAGCAUCUCGGAAUCGCCAACUCCAUUUGCUCGCGUCGAUGGGAACAUGCUCAGGCUCGAAGGCAUUCAAAUCGACACCAUCGAGUUGCUUCGGAAACUCGAACACGACGAUCAGGGUAUCAUACGGAACAUCUCUUGGAUCGUUGACUUCUGCGACCGCAAAGGGUCCUACGCAAUGAGCAACGAGUCCUUCGCUGAAGUAGUGGUGAAGACGUUGACUGCCGACAUCAGGCCGAGAGCCAUUUCCAAGAAAGAUUAUGACGCUCGAGAAGACGGAUGGGUCCGAGAUUGUAUCACAUACAAUUGGCUCUUGAAUAAGAGUUACGAGGAUUUGGAAUUGCCCAGGCAGUCAGAAAACAACGAUUCUAACGCCGUCGACAAGAGCCAGCCUUUCAUUACCGUGGACGAAGCUUUGCACAGAGCUUCUCAAGAGGGCCUUCCAUCACGACUAGCGGAUGACCCGAUCACCAAGAUCGUGUAUUUUGUCACCCCCGGAAGGCAAAUAUUGAAGACCCAGAGCGGUCUUCUGGGGCUGGCUCCGUGUGAAGCCCAAAUCGGUGAUGAAAUUUGGCUUGUGAAAGGCGGGAGGAUGCCAUUGAUAUUGCGAAGAUCUCAAGCCGGGAGCUAUGUCUUGGUUGGCGAAGUGUACGUACAUGGUAUCAUGCACGGGGAGAUGUUCACCAAUGAGCUCCAAGCCAAAUUCCGCGAAGUAGUUUUGAUAUAA